CACCCCCUGGCUUUAAAUCUGGAGGUGUCUUUGGGUCUAAAAUGAGUCUCUUGCAGACAGCAAAUCCAUGGGUCUUGCUAUUUAAUCCAGUCUGAUACCCUGUGUCUUUUGAUUGGGGCAUUUAGCCCAUUUACAUUUAGAGUAACUAUUGAAUAGACCAUGUUUAUACCAUUUAAUAUACCAUAUUGUAAUUAUCUGUUUACUUUCUGACUCUCCCCUAAUGUUCUUUAGUAGUUAAGGGGGAAAGUGGCAGAAUAUGAGGUUGGAGAGAUUUAGGCAGGGGCCAGAUCAUGCAGGACCAGAGUAAAGAGUCUGGGUUUUAUUCUAAAAGCCAUUAGAGGGUUUUUAGCAGUAAUGUGACAUAAUCCUAUUUAUGUUUUUAAAAGAUCACCGUGACUGCUUUGUGGAGAAUGGAUUUGUGGACGUGGUAGGAAUGGGAUCCUGGUGCUUCCACAUGACUCUGAAAUAUGAAAUGCAGCUAUUGGAUGAACUCCCAAUGAUUUACAGCUGUUGUAUAUUUGUGUACUGCAUGUUUGAAUGUUUCAAGAUGAAGAACUCUGUAAACUACCACCUGCUUUUUAUCUUAGUUCUAUUCAGUUUAAUAGUAACCACAGUUUACCUUAAGGUAAAGGAGCCUGUAUUCCAUCAGGUCAUGUAUGGAAUGUUGGUCUUCACAUUAGUACUUCGAUCUAUUUAUAUUGUUACAUGGGUUUAUCCAUGGCUCAGAGGACUGGGAUAUACAUCCUUGGGUAUAUUUUUAAUGGGAUUUCUGUUAUGGAACGUAGAUAACAUCUUUUGUGAUUCACUGAGGAAUUUUCGAAAGAAGGUGCCACCUAUCAUAGGAGUUGCCACACAGUUUCAUGCAUGGUGGCACAUUUUAACUGGCCUUGGUUCUUAUCUUCACAUCCUUUUCAGUUUAUAUACAAGAACUCUUUACCUGAGAUACAGGCCAAAAGUAAAGUUUCUCUUCGGAAUCUGGCCAGUGAUCCUGUUUGAGCCUCUCAGGAAGCACUGAUGAAUUAUUCCACCAAGAAAACAAAAAAGCACCUACCAUAGGUCUGGCCAAAUGAAUAAGGAAAUCCUUAAAGAUCUACACAUUCAAAUAUAUCAUGACCAUCAGAGCAAAGGAGUGACUUUCUGAGUAAUGCUGCCAGUCUCACAGAGGAUAAGGAAUGGGGCUUGUUGGAUGUUUAAUGUCUUUAUCUCAUUGUCCUUCUCCUCCUCACCCUCACCCGAAGAUGUUUAAAAAGACACAGACAUGAUGCGUGUGUAUAUACUUGAGUGCUGGAAAAAUGAGGCUUUUCUUAACAGGUUAACAGUUUGUGCGGGUCGUAGGAAAUUAACUUUUUUCCCUUUUUUGAUAAAGUUUGCAUGUGAAUUAUA